GCCUCUCUCUCCUCUCCAAGUCUCGCGGCCGCCUCUCUCUCUCUAGGGUUGGACCGUCUCUCUAGGGUUGGGCCGUCUCUCUCUCUAAAUGUAUGAGCCGGUUAUGGACCAGACCCGUUAUGGACAUCCACCAAUUGAUUUAUAACAACAUUAGUUUUUAUAAUACAUUUUACAAGAUUUUAAAAUACCUUUUCAUGUAUUUUUUGAAAGCUUUUCUGAUCUCUAGUUUACUUUACUGCUAUAUAAUGUUUCAGAUUCCCUAGUUCGACAGAAGACAUACCAGUGAAAGCACAUCAAAACAGAAGAACUGAGUACCUUUGAUAUUGCAUAUCCCUUUUUGUCUGUCACGAAAUAUGGAAGCAUCAAGAAUGAGUUUCGGUCUCAGUAGUCCCCAUCACGCUUGCAAAGUUCCAAUCUGCCUAAAGACCAAUCUCUCUCUUGUUCCUCAAUGUUUGCUUCAAAAAAAAAGUUUUUUUCGAAGGCAGAAGAAACACUUGUUCUGUGUGAGGGCUACUAAGAGUGCUAGUGAUGAUGAUCUGGAGAGUAGUCGUCCUCUGACUCAGUUUUCUCCCUCUUUUUGGGGAGAUUACUUCCUCUCCUUCUCCGUUGACCAAUCCGAAUCUGAUGGACUAGCAAAAGAGAUUGAAUCUGUGAUGAAGCUAAACGUGAGAGACAGACUCAUGUCUUCUCACAGUGGCGACAAGGAGAAGAUUCGUAUAAUUCAUUUGCUUAUCUGCCUCGGCAUCUCACAUUACUUCGACAAGGAAAUCGAAGAGAUUCUAGAUCAAGGUUUUCGGAAAUUGAAUGACAUAAUAGCCAAGGAAGAUGACUUGGAAACCAUCUCAAUCAUGUUUGAGGUAUUUAGACUAUACGGUCACAAGAUGCCUUGCGAUAACUUCGAAAGAUUCAAAGGUGAAGAUGGGAGGUUCAAGGAGAGUCUAGCCGGAGAUGUUAGAGGAAUGCUACAGCUGUACCAAGCAGCACAUCUCGGUACACCCUCUGAAGAUAUAUUGGAGGAAGCCAUGAGUUUCACUAGGAACCAGUUGGAGUGUUUUGCAUCCCAAGAAAUGAGUACUCUUUCUCCCCAUCUUUCCACAUAUAUUCGCAACGCCUUGUAUAGACCUCGAUGUCAUAACAUGGAAAUACUGGCCGCAAGAGAAUAUGUUUCUUUCUACGACCAUGAAGAAGGUCAUGACGAGGUGCUUCUUAGGUUUGCAAAGCUAAGCUUCAACUAUUGCCGACUGAUUUACAUCCAAGAGAUCAAAACUCUCACCAAGUGGUGGAAUAACCUAGAUGUGCCCUCCAAGCUUCCUUACGUGAGGGAUAGAAUUGUGGAGACGCAUUUCCCUGCUUUAGGACCAUAUUUCGAGCCACGGUAUUCACUUGGGAGAAUUAUAAUGACUAAAAUUAUCAUAGUCGUGGUUAUUUUGGAUGACACAUGUGACGCGUAUGGAACUUUUCCUGAAGUUAAAAGUCUCAUUGAUUUUUUGCAAAGGUGGGAUCUUGGUGCCAUUGAAGAAUUACAAGGCUAUUUGAGAAUAGUCGCCCAAACUUUAUUGGAAACUUUAGGAGAGAUCGAAAGAGAGAUGAAGCCCCGAGGAAGAUCAGCUAGUGUACAACACACGAUAGAUGAGAUAAAGAGCAUAGGGAGAGCGUACCUAGCGCUAUCAAACUGGGCACGUGAAGGGCAUGUGCCAACUUUUGAGGAGUAUAUGGAGGUUGGGAUGGUCACCGCAGGGAUGGAUGAUUUUGCAUCAUACAGCUUUAUAGCGAUGGAAGAUUGUGACGAGAAACCACUGUACGAAUGGUUUAACUCUAAGCCCAGAAUCUUCCAAGCCUUGUGUAUUAUGUUCCGUCUGAAAAACGACAUAGCCACCUACGAGUUAGAGAUGAAGAGAGGAGAGGUGGCAAAUGGAGUCAACUGCUAUAUGAAGCAACAUGAUGUUACUAAAGAAGAAACCGUGGAAGAAUUUAAUAAGAUAUAUAGAGAGAACUAUAAGAUAAUGAUGGAGGAGUUCUUGACGACAAAGUGUGUACCACGACAGAUCUUGAUGCGAUGCCUCAACAUUUCUCGAACUUUUGAUGUGAUUUACAAGGAAGGCGAUGGAUACACUGAACCCCUUGAAAAUCUCAAAGACAUGAUUACCUCUUUCUUCCGCCAUCCAAUUCCGCUUUGAACACUUUAAACUUCACUUGUAACGUAGUUUACAAGUUCAAAGAUAUGUACUUGGAUCUCUUACUGGUUCACUAUUGAAUAAAUGAUGAGCAAAAUAAGGUUCGCUAUAUGAUUUUAAUUUGCUUCUAUUGAGCAGAUUUCUUUAAUUUAACUUGAAGGCUAUCCCAUUAGUAAAACUUAAGAUGGUCUAUGAAGUAAAAACUAGGAUUUAUACGAGCCAUUCCUGAUAUGUAAAGUUCUUUCAGACUUGGUAGUUGACCGAGAUGGUAAGAAGGAACAGUUUUGACACUCACUUAUGCGUAUGCACACGAUUCUAGGUAAUGAAGAUUGAGCUAGCCAUUGUGGAAACUAUAAUACCCCGACCGCCCACAGCUAAUGGGUCACUUACGUCCGCUCUCUCGGCCCGUGGGCCCAUCCCGUUCUAGCGAUCGGUUCGUUAAUUUUUCUA